UUCUUAGCUAUUCAUAAAGAUGAGUUGGGUCCCUCAAAAACAAAUGUUUACCAGCUUCCAGUCCAAAGACAAGCACCAACACCAGAGCCAGAGCGAGAAUGUAACUUACGAAAUAUCUUCAAGAAAUAAUUUGAAGCCAAUCAGGACUUUCGGACGAGACAUUUCAAAUUUGCAAAGGCAGAGUGCAUUUAUGCAAGACAGGAACAUGCCUCAUUCCAAAGGCAAAUAAGAUCAGGCUUAAGUACCCCAAGAACAGUGUUUCCAGACGAAAGUUUGGCUUUGAAAUGUCAAGGAAAGUCAAUACAAGUGCGAUCAGGUCGACUGCUGCAUCCAAGAGAUACAUUUCAUCAAGCUCACUAACCGAUAGGAACAAGAACUUCAAAAUGAUGAACCCAAACACAAAGCACCAGUUAUACAAACGGAAAAUUCCGGUUUUCAAAGAUGCCAAUCCUAGAGUCAACUCGAUCAAGCCUCUGAACAAAUCUCUUAAGCACAGAAGCAUGAGCAAGAGCCAGCUGGCCGGCAAAGAAAAUUUGAAAGCCAGUCUCAGAAUCAACUCUUCAGCGACUCAGGCUUCGAAGCACAAUAUUCACCAAAAUAGUGGACAUGCGACCACAAACACUUAUCUUCCAAACCUGCACAACAUGUCGACGAACUCUCUGCUGUCGAACGGAGGUAAGGAGGCCUGAAAGAAGAACUCCAUCUUGUCCAACAGGGCCAACUACGAGUCCAACAAAAAGUUAAAUUUUAAAAUAAACUCGAAGACGCCAUCCAACAAAAGAGCUGAGCCUGAAAUUUCCAAAGGCAUGAAGAGACAGCUGUCUUCAGACAAACUCUCAGAUCAAGAGAAACUCAGAAGGUUUCACAGACUUGUCGAAGAAAAUAAGUACCAGAUUAUUAAAUAAAGGAAACACAGAAAUUGAGUUUCUUCCGCUCAUGAACAAAUCAGCGGUGAGACUUGAUGAUAAAAUCGAUGUGCUUACUGUGCCUGAGUAUGCUGAUGAGAUCUUCCAGAACGCAAAACCCAGCAACAUUCAACAUACUACUCAGCACAGCCAAAGCAGAGCUAAGGUUCAAAAUAACAGGUUCUGGAUGCCUAAAGCUGACUACAUGGACAGUCAGCCUGACAUCAACCAGAAAAUGAGAAAAAUCUUGGUGGACUGGCUCCUCAAAGUCCACACUAAGUUCAAGCUGCUGCCUGAAACAUUGUUUCUGACUGUGAACAUCAUUGACAGGUAUUUGUCACACGAAGAAGUCACCAGGAAAGUACUGCAGCUAGUUGGAGUGGCAGCAAUGCACAUUGCAUGCAAGUACGAAGAAAUAUACCCGCCAGAGUCAAAUGACUUCGUGUACAUCACUGACAAUGCGUAUUCGAAGAAAGAGUUGCUUGAAACAGAGUACAAAAUCUUAAAGACGCUUAACUUCAACUUGACAUUCGUGAGUGCUUUCAGGUACUUGGAACGGUUCUGAGCAAUCACUGAAAACACCAAGUUAUUGCCAAUGGCUCACAAGUUCUUAAAUUUUGCCCUUGUAGAUUACACUUUGAUAAAGCACCAGCCAUCGACUUUGGCAGCAGGAGCUCUGUAUCUUUCUCAUGUGCUUGAGAAGAGGAAGAUGCAAAAGAAGGCUCAUCAGAAUAGUGCUCACUCUUUAGGAAGUUCUCAUACAAAAAGCAGAGAUUAUUCUACUGAUUUGAGCAGCAUUCUUCUGGUAAAGCUAUCAAAGGAAGCAGAUAUAACAGAAAAUGAUAUUAAAAAGUGAGCUAUUGAGAUCCAUAACCUCUCAAAGAACUCCUAAC